UUUUUUUAUAAAGCAAAUAGAAGAGUAAGUUGGAACUCAGGAUCUAAUGAGUAUCUCCUGGCUGAGCUAGGACACCUUACUAGAUGCUAGUUUAUUUUACUGUCUUCUUUACACACAUAUUAACUUUUGUAGUGCUUGAAGCGAAAUCUCACGACAAGCAAGUCAAACUAAUCCUCAUUGGAGAUUACAGCGUUGGAAAGUCAAGUAUUCUUCACAGGUACUGUGAAGAUGCCUUCUGGCCAAAGCACAUGCCUACUAUUGGAGUUGAUUUUAGGACAAAGUUCGUACGUGAUGGAAACAAUACCAUUAAGAUGCAGCUUUGGGAUACUGCUGGCCAGGAGAAGUACAGGACAGUCACUAGCAACUUGUACAAGAACACUUCAGUCGUUCUUCUAGUUUAUGACUGCACUGAUCUAAAUAGCUUUGACAACGUAGCCAAUUGGAUAAAACAAAUCGAAAUGAAUGUCUCUGAAAAGACGAUUAUCAUCCUAAUAGCCAACAAGAUCGAUCUAGAGAACCGUCUCGUCUCUACUGAGGAUGGCGAAGCCAUGGCAGAGGCUUAUCGAGCCAAUUAUUUCGAGACUUCAGCAAAGACAGGCCAAAACAUUGACAAAGUCUUUGACUAUUGAGUUGAAAAUAUCAUGAAUUACACUGUUCCCAGGUUCAAAAGAGAUUCUCAGCGUCUCAAGCGGGAAACUGAGAAGGAUAAAGCCAAGGCUAAGAAAAAGAGAGGCUUCUGAAGAAGCCUUGCCAAGUUAUUUUCUUAGCUCAAUUUUGUCGAGCCAAAAUAUUCAAUGUAAUCUCACCUAAUUUCUGGAAAUUUUAAGUCUUA